AUGCCCCAGCACUGCGACCCAUGGAUUGAAGACGGCAACGUCGUCGUCGUAUCCGCCGACGACUCCAAGGCCUUUCGCGUCCACCGCAGCAUCCUAUCUCGGUACUCGCAGGUGUUCAUGGACAUGUUUACCGCAUCGCACGAGGGGGAGAGCUCGAUCGAGGGCUGUCCCGUGGUUCGCCUGCAAGAUGCGGCCGACGACAUUGAGCACGUCUUAUGUGCGCUAUAUGGUCGAGGCUAUCACAUUCGUCUGGUCCCCACUACCACAGUCCCUUUUCCCGUAGUCGCGGCUUUCCUCCGCCUGGGGAAGAAGUACGAGAUUAAAGCGCUCUAUGAAGAAGCCAGGACUUGUCUCAUGUCUGACUUCCCCGACACGCUGCCCUCGUGGCAGUCACGCACUACGUCCAUCGUUUCGUCUUCCCGGAAGGCGUUAGCCAUCAACGUGGCGAAUUUAGCACAGGAGGGUGGCAUCUUGAGAGUCCUUCCUGCCGCAUUCUACGAAUGCUUGACGCAAUGUUCACUACGAGAGCUCGAGUGCGGAGUCAACGGAGAAGGAGAGAUAGCUACGCUCACCCCAAAGAACCGGGCAAUCUGCGUCUCUGCAUGGAAGCCUUUCGAGAACUGUGCUGCUAAGACCUAUUCUUGGCUCAAAGGUAUUGGGUCAUAAGUCUUAAGUUAUACCCCACCUCUUCGUGCCAGCCGCUGGACCGCUUCGACUAUUCAUGGAACACUAAUGUUUGCAACACAUGUUCAAACCAUGCAAUUUCCACUCACACCAGCAAUAUAGUACAAGCUUGGAAUGAUCUCCCUACGCUUUUUGACCUCCCAGGAUGGAAAGAGUUGGAAGAUGAGUGCUUCAUUGCUUCGGCGGAGUGAACUUACAUCAGACCUUGGUUGACUACUCAGAUAUUGCAUCUUGCCUUUGUACAUCUGUUAAAGCAGCGCGUUUGCAUGUCUAUUCACCUUCACAUUAACCGCAAUGACCACACAAUUCUAUGCGAGGAUCAUGUCCUUGUUGGCGAUUUAAUCGUACAGCUAGGGGCUUGGAUGUAGACGGAAGACUCCAG